UUAAAGUCUAUGGUGCUGGAUGUAUACAGUACUUGCCCCUCGAGGGCCCUUGUUGUUGGUUCAAGGCCCAGAGGGUCCAAGCAGCGGGUCGAGGCGUUGAGGUCGAUUCUGUGGUGCGCAGAGGGUGGGACACAGCCGCAAGCUUCCGAAGUCGGUAGGGGAGAGCACUUUUGAAAAAUUUCCAGAAGGCUUGCGACAAGAACUUUGCGACAUUCUUCCUCUUGCACUGUCCGACCUCUCGUUCCUGUCCUUCCAAUCCCCCCUCAGCCGUCCAAAAUGUCUCCUCCAGCUUCUUCCGGUCCUCAGAAGGAGUCGAACUUGGCUCGACUCCUCGGCUCAGGCUCUGCUGGUAUCGCCGAGCUGGCCAUCUUCCACCCCGUGGACACCAUCGCCAAGCGAUUGAUGAGCAACCAGACUCGCAUUGCCAAUGCCAGCCAAUUGAACCAGGUCAUCUUCAAGGAUACGGCCGCCGCCUCUGCCGGAAAGAAGUUCGUCUCCUUGUUCCCCGGUCUGGGCUACGCCGCCGGCUACAAGGUGCUCCAGCGAGUCUACAAGUAUGGUGGACAGCCCGUUGCCCGCGACUUCCUGGGCAAGCACUACGGCAAGGAUUUUGAGAAUGCCUUCGGCAAGAAGACUGGCAAGGCCAUCAUGCACUCCACCGCUGGAAGUCUGAUCGGCAUUGGUGAGAUUGUUCUCCUGCCUCUCGACGUCCUGAAGAUCAAGCGACAGACCAACCCCGAGGCUUUCCGCGGCCGUGGUGUCUUCAAGAUCGUCGCCGAUGAGGGCUUCGGCCUGUACCGUGGCUGGGGAUGGACAGCUGCCCGAAAUGCUCCUGGAUCCUUCGCUCUGUUCGGUGGUUCUGCCUUUGCCAAGGAGUACCUCUUCCACCUUGAGGACUACAACAAGGCCAGCUGGUUCGAGAACUUUGUCGCCUCCAUUGCCGGUGCCUCGGCCUCCCUGGUUGUUUCUGCUCCCCUCGAUGUCAUCAAGACCCGAAUCCAGAACCGCAACUUCGACAACCCCGAGGGCGGCUUCCGAAUUCUGACCAACAUGGCCAAGAACGAGGGCUUCGGCAGCUUCUUCAAGGGACUCGUCCCCAAGCUGCUCAUGACUGGUCCCAAGCUGGUCUUCUCGUUCUGGCUCGCCCAGACCUUGAUUCCCGCCUUUGACACUGCUUUCCGCAAGUAAUAAUGUUUAUGGGAUAUUUCUGGCUAUAAAAAUCUAGAGGGCUUUGGGAGACCCGCGGAGUGGGAGUUUAGACAUGGACGAAAUCUUAUUGAGGCCCACGAUAGAACUGCCGGCAUGGGGAGCGGCGGCGCUCGGGUGGAUGAUAUCACUCAACUCUGUAAAUUAAGCGAUUUGAUUUGGCGUCCCCUUUGGUCCCCUUGGUCCCCUUGGUCUCCUCCGUCCACAAGCAUCCACGAGCAUCUGCAGGGCGAGGUUUCCCUUUUGCUGGCGCGUGGUCGCUGGAGUCACAAUGUUUAGUGGCGUGAUUUGCU